AGAUGUUCUUCCAGCUGCAGGCAGGAGCGGGAACUUGGGGUAGCAGGGCCCCCCGUGGAGUCUUCAAGCUCUUCUUCCUGGACCCGCCCAGCCCAGCUCUCCUGCGCAGAGGCCAUGCUGUCGCCCUCAGGAGCGCUCACUCUGCAUGUGGAGGCUGGACUUUGAUUCGGGUGACUCAUGCCGAGGCACAAUCCUCGGGUCCUCCUCCCUCGUCCGAUUGCUUGCUUCCUUUCCUUUUAUUUUUAACUCAGUGCCUAAUUAUCAUCGUAGCCAAAUGUGACUCGUUACACAGGAAGCAGAAGAGCGAUGUGGCCCGGGGUUGCUGUCCUCCCCUGACUCCAGGGACCCUGGAAGGGCCCAGGUCCUUGCUGGCAGGACAGUGUCAGUGGGAAGGCUUGGGCAGCUGGAUAGUGUCCACUGAGGACAGGAGGAACACACCCUGCUGCUCAUGCCUGUGGGGCUCUGCCAGGAGGAAGCCAGGAGCAGGACCUGUGCCGGGAUCUGGCCAGCAGAAUAUGGAGCGUUCAAGCAAGAUGGAGUUUUUCCAGAAGUUGGGCUACAACCGGGAGGACGUGGUCAGGGUACUGGCCAAGCUGGGUGACAAAGCCCUGGUCAACGAUGUGCUGCAGGAACUGAUCCAGACAGGCAGCCGCCCUGGGCCCCAGGAGGGCUCAGUUAGCAGCACUGGGCCCCUGCUUGUCCCCCGGGGCUCCUGCAGGAUCUCAGAUUCUGCCCAGCGGGAUGUGAGGUCAGCCUUGGAAGAGGACUGUGACGACCCGGCCAGUUCUCUGCGGCCCAUUGUGAUUGAUGGCAGCAACGUGGCAAUGAGCCAUGGAAAUAAAGAAACCUUCUCUUGCCGGGGAAUCCAGCUGGCUGUGAACUGGUUCAGGGACAGAGGACACACCUACAUCAAGGUUUUUGUUCCAUCCUGGAGGAAAGAGCCAUCGCGAUCUGAAACGCCUAUAAGAGAGCAGCACGUGCUAGAAGAACUGGAGCGGCAGGCCGUGCUAGUGUACACCCCGUCUCGCAAGGUGAAUGGCAAGCGGGUGGUCUGCUAUGAUGACCGCUACAUCGUGAAGGUGGCCUACGAGAAGGAUGGCAUCAUCGUCUCCAACGACAACUACCGCGACCUGCAGAGCGAGAACCCUGAGUGGAAGUGGUUUAUCGAGCAGAGGCUGCUCAUGUUCUCCUUUGUCAAUGAUAGGUUCAUGCCGCCUGAUGACCCCUUGGGCCGCCGAGGACCCACUCUGAGCAACUUCCUGAGCAGGAAGCCAAGGCCCCCAGAGCCAUCCUGGCAGCACUGCCCCUAUGGUAAGAAAUGCACCUACGGCAUCAAGUGCAAGUUCUACCACCCGGAGAGGCGGCACCAAGCGCAGCUGGCGGUGGCAGACGAGCUCCGAGCCAAGACAUGGGCGCGGCCGUGCAGGGACGCGGAGGAGCCGCGGCCUCCGAGCGCGCGGGGCGGCCCCGCAGCAGCCCGGCCGGCUCCCCGCGAGCGCGGCGCGCACAGCCUCCCGCCCGUGGACGUGACCGCCCUGCGCGGGAGCUUCUCGAGCCUGGCGGUCAGCGACAACCCCGCCUGCGGCCAUGCGCCCGGGCCGCUCGCUCCCGACAGGCUGCGUUCGUCGUCGCCGCGGGCGCAUGGCGCGGCCACCGCAGGGCCACCGGGCUUCGGGCCGCUGCUGCCAGGCCCGCGCGACCACCCGGCCCCGCUCUGCCCGCAGGUCCAGCCACCCGGCCUACACGGCCCCAGGGACGUGUACAGCGACCUGCUUCCCCAGCGCAGACCGCCCGACGACCCGUGGGCCCGCCUGCCCAGCUCCGACCUAUUUCUGAGUCACUCGACUUGGGCAGAGCCUUCUUGGGGCGACGGCGCCUUUGGGGGACCUUCGGGGUCUGGGCCCUCAGCCGCUGAUGGCUAGUGGGACGCGCACUUCCCAGGGAGCAGUGAGCUCUGCUGUGUCUUCCCGCCCCACCAGGUGGACCUGUAUUGGCCUCUGGUCCUGCCCUCUCCAACCUGGCCAAGCUCAUCCUCCUCCUGGCAGAGAUCCCAAAGGGCUGGCUCAUGGCUGGAACCCCACUAAGGGACCAGUGAGUGCCACUGCAAGGGAUGGUCCACUCUUG